AUGGCUAAAGUAGUUGUUCUCCUUUUCCUUAUGUUCUUCUCUCUCACAUCAGGAGGGAAUCUGAUAAUGGUUAAUGGGCAGAAAACAUGGUGUGUGGCAAAGCCUUCAUCAGACCAAGCUACCCUUUUAACCAACGUCAAUUAUGCAUGCUCUCAAGUUGAUUGCAAGGUUCUGCAAACAGGGGGCCCUUGCUUUUCCCCUGACAAUCUCAUGAACCAUGCCUCCAUAGCCAUGAAUCUCUAUUAUCAGUCUAGGGGAAGAAACCACUGGAAUUGUGAUUUCAAAGGCUCUUCCGUUGUUGUUAUGACAGAUCCUAGUUAUGGUAGCUGCAAAUACGCAUAG